UCCUCUCUAAAAUGGGGAAAAGAGAAAGAAAUUGGUCAUUCAAAUGCUGGUUAUUGCUCCAAGAAAACAAUUCAUUUUUUGUUUCAAUGAUUUUGGUCUCCCAAAUCCAGGUGUAAACGGUUUCUCUUUUUUGUCUAAUUGUUUUGUGUUUUUGAUCGCAAGAAAUGAGCAAAGACAUUGCAAAGGAAGAAGCGCCGUCGUCUUCCGGAGUUGCUCCGUCUGAAAGUCCUACUUUUGCUAGUCUUAGAGGCGUCCAGUGGCGUAUCAAUCUCGGAAUUUUACCUCGUUCAUCUUCAAUUGAUGAUCUUCGAAGGGUAACAGCUGAUUCUCGCAGAAGAUAUGCUGGUUUGAGAAGGCAACUGCUAGUGGAUCCACACGUUCCCAAGAAUGGAGCAAGCAAUCCCCCCAAUCCUGUUAUGGAUAAUCCACUCUCACAAAACCCAGACAGCACCUGGAGUCGAUUCUUUCGGAAUGCUGAAAUGGAAAAAAUGGUUAACCAGGAUUUAUCACGAUUAUAUCCGGAGCACGAAAGCUACUUCCUGACGCCUGGUUGCCAGGGAAUGCUGAGACGAAUAUUGUUACUGUGGUGCCUUAGACACCCGGAGUGCAGUUAUAGACAAGGAAUGCAUGAACUCUUGGCUCCUCUUAUGUAUGUUCUUCAUAUUGACAUUGAGAGUCUCUCAGAAGUGCGGAAGCUAUAUGAAGACCAGUUUAUUGAAAAAUUUGAUGGAUUCCCAUUUGAAGAAAAUGGUGACGCUUACAAUUUUGAUUUUAAAAAGUUUUCAGAUUCUUUGGAAGAUGAGAUUGGAUCUCAAGGAAACGCAAAGAAAGUUUGCAGUCUUAAUGAUCUUGAUCCCGAGAUACAGGCCAUUGUCUUGCUAAGUGAUGCUUAUGGAGCUGAAGGUGAACUUGGUAUUGUCUUGUCUGAGAAAUUUAUGGAACAUGAUGCCUACUGUAUGUUUGAUGCUCUGAUGACUGGUGCACGAGGUUCAGUUGCUAUGGCAGAUUUUUUUGCUUCCUCUCCUGCAGCUGAGUUCCAAAGUGGCUUGCCCCCUGUCAUUGAAGCCUCAGCUGCACUAUAUCAUUUACUGUCAAUCGUCGAUUCUUCUCUGCAUACUCAUCUUGUUGAGCUUGGUGUUGAACCACAGUAUUUUGCACUUCGAUGGUUGCGGGUUUUAUUUGGACGGGAAUUUUCACUUCAAAAUCUCUUAGUUAUAUGGGAUGAGAUUUUCUCAGAAGAUAAUAGCCCACUUAAUAAAGUUUCUAAGGACAGUGACUAUUUCAGUUUUAAACUAGAGGAUUCAUUCCGUGGAGGAUUAAUUGCUGCUAUGGCAGUCUCUAUGAUACUUUCUCUGAGAUCUUCCUUGCUUGCCACUGAAACUGCAACUUCUUGUCUUCAGAGACUCUUGAAAUUUCCGGAGAGUAUAAAUCUGAAAAAACUUAUGGAGAAGGCAAAGUCACUGCAAAUUCUUGCAUUGGAAUCUAACAAAGCGCCGUUUUCGUCUGCAUUUGGUGGAGUUUAUAAGUGCAAAAAAUCGCCAACGAACAGUCUCAAUGUUCCAUCUGGCUUAGGAUCUCUAAAAAACAAUCGAAGCCUGCUGCCUGACAGAUACUGGGAAGAAAAGUGGAGAGUACAGCACAAGGCAGAGGAACUAAGGCAAAAUAGUUUAGGGAAGCAUCCUCCAAGUGGGAAAAAGAGAUGGGUUGAAAGAAUAAAGUUUCGCCUAAGUAGAACUGAAUCUGCCCCAUCACCUGCAAGAAAUGAAAAAUGCAAAAAGGAGCAUCAUUCUAUUAGGCGUUGUCUGCUUGAAGAUUUGACUAAGCAGCUCGGCUUGGAGGAUGUUGCUGAAAACGGAGGUUGUUUCGAGGAUUCUAAUUUAGAGGACCAUCAUUCUGUAGAGGUUCAGGGGGAAGGACAAAAUUCUGCUAACAAAGGGUCUAUUGCCACGAUAGAUGAUAGAUGCGAGAAUGGAAGUGGAGCUGUUGUAAGUGAAGAGAAAUCUUUUUUUCCUGACCCUCCAAUCCCUCCUGGUUGUAGCAUUAAUGACCAUGAAAUUUACUCCGAAAAGAGUAGUCCUGCAUCAAAUUUAUCCGUAGAUGAUAAUGGUGAUCCCCGGGGGAGAAGCCCAGGAGAUUUACCGCAUCGAGUUUCCCUUCCUUCCGAUGAUGUCUCUCAUAGUCCUCUGCAUGAGAAUGAAUCUUCAGGGAAGACCUCAUCUACGAAAGAGAGAAGGAAUCUUUCAGGUAAAUUCCAGUGGUUUCGAAAGUAUGGACGAAGCAAUGUCAACGAGGAGACAUCCGAUAAACAUGGAGGUAUCAAUGAGGCUGCAAAACCUCCAGUUCAUGACAGCAAGUGCAGUACAGCAGACUCAUCUGUUGCCGGUACUUCUUGUAACUCGCAUCCCACCGGCAAAGGGGAUACUAUGGACCAGAAUAUGAUGGGAACAUUGAAGAAUCUUGGGCAGGCUAUGCUCGAACACAUCCAGGUUCUGGAGUCAGUUUUCCAGCAAAAUCAAGGUCAAGUAGGAUCAUUGGACAAUUCAUCUAGAAACAUCCUAGUUGGAAAAGAACAAGUUACAGCCAUUACAUCUCUCAAGGAGCUUCGGAAGAUGAGCAAUCUUUUAUCAGAGAUGUGAGACUCUUGUAUGUAUCAUAAUCGAAGUCUGUCAGUGUGAGAGAAUCAAGGGUGUACACACUUUUCUGUCGUGACUUGUUGCAAUUUCUUUGAAGUUUUACGAGGAAAUCAAGCUGCGACAAUUUUACUAAUUUUCUGGUAAGUUUAUAAAUUCGAAGCCCAAUUUAGAAUGGUGUU